UGUAUCUAUAGAGUUGCAUCAAAAACCAAUAUCGAUUUCCUCGAAAACAGAUUUUGAAGAAAAACUCUUGUUUUUCCUUAAUUUUUCUUUUGUUUUUCACGUCGCUUUUGAGAACUACUGGGAAAUUUUUACUUUUGACCCAUCAAAGUACCAACUAGAUUCACUUUCCUAUCAGUGAUAUAACAGUAUCUUUUGUGAUAGGCUAUCACAAAAGAUACUAUUGAAGAAAAUCUAAGCAUUUUUACUGUCCUAAUAGGUGAUGACAGGUACAAAAAAACGUUUAAAAAAAAAAACACACACUUAAUUUUAAAAUCAAAACACUCAUUCAUCGCUCCGCUCAGAAUCUAAAAUUUAUAAGACGAACAUUUCAGACGUAUAAAAAGCUCAAAAAGGGCAUACAUAUUUUUAAAAUGGGCUAAUCUUAAUAUUCAGUGAAAUUUUAAAGUCAUUGCAAUUAAUAACAAAUUUAGUUUUGUUAAAAACAGGCCCAAACUGUUGAGUAUUCACACUGGUUUUUGUUAGUUUCCUCGAUAUUAUUAUAAUUAAAAUACUGAAAGAUUUUUUAGAUAACCACCCCAUCCUCACGCUAGAAAAGUACCAACUUAAUAUAAUUUGCUUCCAUAAGUAACCCUUAAAGUUAGAUACAUUUAAAAAAAAAACACACAAACAAAAAAAAACCAAUAUGGCAAUAUACAUUUCCAGCUCCGCUCAUAAUGUAAAAGGUUUAUCAUGUGAGCUUUAAAAAAAUAUCCAUUUGGAGGAAAUCUUCGACAAUCAACGAUAAAAUGGAAAACUGGGCGAAUUUUCAGAUACCUGAAUAACAAUAAUUAAUGCAAAAUAAGUUUUAACAUAACAUAUCCACCAUCAUUACAAUUAUUUUAUAUUUAUUACUAUUGGUAAAAAAUAAUAAUUGUUUGAUUUGUAUUCCCUGAAUAGUGAGGAACUGGAAACAAGCAAAAUGCGAUAAUAUUAAAGACAAGACAAAACCAAAAACCAAACGAUAUCGAUGUCGAACCACUUAGCCAGUUUUAAUGCAAUGUGCAAAAACGAAAGUAAAAAAUGUUAUGGAGAUGAAGAAGGCAACGAAAAACUUACAAGUCCAAUGAUAUUUUUUUCAUAUGGUAUGCUGCUCACAGUAAUCGGUAUUGUGGGUUUAAUUGGAAAUGGUUUAGUUCUCAUCGUAUUUACCAGAUUUAGGAGAUUAAAGGGUCCGUUUUCGACAUUCGUAUUAAACUUGGCCACUGCUGAUUUUGCUACUUCGAUUUUGCAUUUCAUGUCAGCCGUUUCUUCAUUCAAACAAGAAUGGAUCUUUCACGAAAUCGGGUGCACAAUAUAUGCUUUCGGAGUAGGACAGUUUGGUUUGGUUUCGAUUGUCACUCUUUCCACCAUAGCGAUUGAAAGGUACCUAGUGAUCACUGCGAAACCAGUGUCGGGGUCUUGGAAGUUAACACGACAGGGUGCAACGAAAGUGUGUGCGUUUGUAUGGAUAUACUGUUUAUCUAUAACAUUGCCACCGAUUUUCGGUUGGUCAAAGUAUGUGUUAGAAGGAUUCGAAACAUCAUGCUCGUGGGACUAUACGACCAGAACCGUCUCAAAUCGGUUAUUUUACAUCUACAUGUUGGUGCUCGGAUUUAUAUUGCCGGUCUCUAUCAUUACAUAUUGCUAUAUAUUCAUUAUUGUGUCAAUACUCGACCACAAUAAAGAAAUGGCCGAUUGUAACACCAACGCAGAACCGUUGGGCACUGAGAGUUGGGAUUACAGAUUAGCUUUAAAUGUCGCUAGACGAGGUCAAGCAGUACCUAUUCGAUCUGCCCUGAGAACGUCAUAUAUAAUCUUAAUCCUUAUUGGAUUGUUUAUAGCGUCUUGGACUCCGUAUGCUGUGGUCACGUUUGUUGGUCAAUUUGGAAGCCAAACAAAGAUAGAGCCAUGGAUUUCUGCUCUUCCAGCCAUAUGCGCUAAGGCGUCUGUGGUGUACAAUCCCAUAGUGUACGGCCUCUCUCAUCCGCAUUUCCGGUCAUCAAUCCGGAACUACAUAUCAGGCUGUACGACGGUGGGCCACAGCCACACGGAGCUCUGCACCCCGGGACGUAACCAGCGGUUAGCGACGAACAAGAGCCUGAACCGAUUCGCUUUGCUCACCGGACAGAACCGGAAUCGCGCGAACGUCGUCGAACUGAAAUGCGUACGUCAUCGGAGGGUGCCGCCGGACUCUAAUUCGAUUUGCAUGGACUACUACAGCGAACCUGACUGCCGGAGCCUGACGCUGACGAUGGAACCGAACCGUGGCUCAGCGAUCAUCAAAAUCGACAAAGUGCCAUUCAAAGUCGUCGUGUCCACUAUCAGAAGUAAAAGCGUCAACGGCAAAAUAAACACGAUAACUGACAAAACAGAUUGUUCCGAAGAAUCAAACGAAGAAUCAAAUCAAAAUCAAAAUGAAGAAGUGAAAAAAACCAGUAUAUCUGAUCAGUUUGUAUUCGAUUUUUAAUAUUCACUCGUUUACUUAAAAAUUUAAAAUAAAAAAUUUUACUAUUUCUAGAAUUUAAAUUUUAAUCAGUGCUAAAUAAUAUUUAGAUGUCCAUGGUAAUAAUAUUAUAUGUAUUGUUAAUAAAUUAUAUGAUAGAAUCAAUGUCAUUGUAAUUUUUGGACUGACCAGGGUCAGUAUGUAAUAAGAACAUAAAUUAUAGAUUUAAUUUUAUCGCUUAUAUAGAAAUUAUUAUUAUAGAAAUAUAAUUUCCUAAACCUGUAUUAUUAUGUGUAGGUAGGUACCUACAAUGUAAAUUCCGCUAAAGCCAAAAGUUACACACUAACUCAGACGAUGAUUAUAAUGUGUUAUGUGUAUAAUAGUUAUAAAUCAUCCAUUAUUAUUAAAAUAAGUAUAUUAUUCGUUACCAUUUCAAUAAAUGUAUUUAACUUGAAUUAAAACUUCUCUUUGAUAUUUCUUGAUGUAUAAUAAUAUUAUAAUUCAUAAUAUAACAUAAUAUUGUAGUAAACUAUUUUUUAUUUUUUUCAUUCUUUUAA